AUGUUACCUCAUUCAUUAGCAUUAUUUUUAAGUAAUAAUAUACAUUUUCGUUAUCCAUAUUUGGAUUGCCAACUUGCUCAUUUUUGUAAUGGAACUCAAAUUUAUAUGUUUUGUUAUUCAGCUGGAACAAGAACGCACCCUGGAUCUCCAUGGGAUAAAUUAAGUUCUGUAAGGACAUCUUUAAUUAGAAGAAUGUUGAUACAGAUAGGCACAAUCUGCAAUGCUAUAUCUAAAAAUAGAAGACAUAUUACUUUAACUGUUAUAACAAUUUCAACUUGUUUUGCAAUAAGUCAUGGUCCAUCAGCAAUUUUCUCUCUUUGGGAACUUUUAAUUGGUUAUAAAUCAAAUAAUCAACAAAUAUUUACAGCAAUUUCAAUUGCCAAUGGAUUUGUGUUAACCGGGAAAACUUUAAAUUUUUUAUUAUUUUGUUUAAGUUCUGCACAUUUUAGGAAAAAAUGUUUAAAAAUAUUUUUUAAAAAAUUUAAAAAGAAAAGACAAAAUUCUUCUUCAAUUGAAAGAUUUCAACAAUCUCGUUUAGAAAACAAAAUUCAAAAAGAACAAAAAACUCAAAAAUUAAGUAUUUUAACUUUAAAUGAAAUUGGGAAUGAAGAAUUUAUUUAA